GACAAAGCGUCGUUCGUGCUUACUGGAUUUCGGCGCGUUCUCCGUAAGACUGCAGGCGUUGCACUGAUUGUCUGCUUUAUUUUGAUUAACUUUCCUGUGAACUUUUCGUUGAAAACCUGAUGAACUGUGAAUGUUCGUGAUGGAUUGCCCCAUACCAGUCAGUACAGAUGGAUGCAAUCCUUUUAUCGGACUUGUGUCGGCGUUGGUAACACCCCUGCGAACAUCUGUCUACCGUUUUGCGUAGCAGGAUGUCCUACUAUGAUGCAGAAAUGGGAGGGCUUGGCAGCACUUAUAAUGGAGCAUCCGCCUUCUCGGAAAAAGCGAUCCGCCAUGGGUUCAUUCGCAAGGUGUACGGAAUCCUCAUGGUGCAGCUGGCCAUCACAGCAGGAUUCAUUGCACUCUUCAUAUUUGAGCCAAACGUGCAACUAUAUUCACGACAGCACCCAGCACUCUACAUAUCUGCCAUGGUCAUAACGUUUGUGCUCAUGAUCGUGCUUGCCUGCUGUGACGCUGUUCGUCGUGCGUUCCCUAUCAACUUGGUUCUGCUCUUGUUAUUUACUGUUUGUGAAGGUGUUCUGCUUGGCACGGUCUCAAGUUUCUACGAAGUGAAAGAAGUGAUGAUUGCUGUGGGAAUCUGCACUGUUGUAUGCCUCGGGCUGACCCUGUUUGCUUUCCAAACAAAGUGGGACUUCACCGCAAUGUCUGGCAUCCUGUUCGUCUGCGCCUUGGUCUUCAUGUGCUUCGGCUUUGCCCUGAUCUUCAUCAAAGGAGAUAUUGUGCGUCUGGUUUACGCGUGCAUUGGAGCCCUCCUCUUUUCUGUGUACCUCAUCUUUGACACGCAGCUUAUGAUUGGGGGGCGGCACAAGUACUCCAUCACGCCGGAGGAGUACAUAUUUGCAGCCCUGACACUCUACAUGGAUGUCAUCACACUCUUCCUCUACAUCCUGGAAAUUGUGAGCCGUGCCAGUGGCGACAGGCGGGGUUCCUCCAGCUAUGUCUGACAUCAUUUUUGUUGUCUCCUGCCGUGUCGGCUUUCUUCGUUACAUUCCUGUGCCGAGCGAGUGGCUGCGACAUCUGAUGGUGCAAAACUGCGCACAAAAAUGCCUGUUUUUCUUUUACAUUCACGGCAAAGUACCACCUUUUUCUUUCUUUCGUCUUCUUUGUCUUUUUAGCUGUUAACCAUCUCUCAUCUUUGUCCUUCUACCCAUACAAACGUGUACAGGUGACAUGAUGUACAGAGUAGAGAUUUGGUAUUUAACAGUACAGUGGCACAAGUUGAGCCGGCGAGUAGAAUGCAGACCUUGCCUUUUUCUUGGACAAUUAAAGCCUGUCUUUUAAAUGUAUAGCCUAUUGAUGGUGUAGAAGCAGGGCCAAUGUUAACUCAAGAAUAAUUGUGAUCCUACUGCUGACAUGAAUAUGCAACAACUCCAGAACCAGCAAGCUGUGUUGAAUAAGUCUUUGGGUGUUUUUACAUCGUGUUUUGUUGCGCUUGUUCUAGUAGGCCUACCCAUGUUGUUGCACAGCAGAAAGAAAAUGUGAACCUCUUUUCACGGCUGUUUUAUUAAAGGCAAUCAUGUGGUAAAGUGCUAAUGUUUGCCAAGAUGUCCACAGUGUUGUUGGUCUUGUCGCCAUUUCACAAGUUUUUAGGAUCCAAUCGAUUUGGCUUGCUCAUUGCUGCUCCAUUAUGCUGUUUCAUUGCAACCAUGUGCAUAGCUUUCCUGAUGCACGGCUUAAUAUUUAUAAUGUCCAUGUUAAACUUGGUCUUCUCACUUUUGCACUAUGCUGAUGUGGCUUGUAAACAGCAAGUUUGCUUAAAAUUUCUGCUGGAGUUAUAGUUCCUGACUAUCUCAGACAUGUUCAGUGUGACAGCUGAAACUUCAUGUGAAUAAAGCAAGUAUGUAAUAAUAUGAACCAUUCUAGCUCUCAUGCAGAAAGGCUUGUAGUUUUCAACUGCAUCAGGAGUUGGCAAAAUAUAGCCAUUCUGUUUCUGCAUAUCAUGUUUGCCAUUUGGCUUUAAUUAUACUGCACUGCUAGCUGAAUUACAGUGCAAAGAUAGAUGUCAAAGUUUUAACAAAAUGCCACUGCUGUAAUCGUAAUAAAGGGACACUAAGGAGAAUUGAGCCAUAUCUGUAAAGUACAUUUUGUGAACUGUAAACGAUUCAUUCUUGCCUGAAGUGAAGGCUCAGUGCACAUGAAAAAGACUCAAAAAGGAAAUAGGAAUGGCAGCACAUUGAAAGUCUGACAUCAGCUCUAUGUGACAUCAUAAGCUUUGAGAGCAUCUGCUCGUGCCUCAUUGUUGCUAAAAAAAAAAAAAAGAUUGCUGUUUCCAUGACACUGCAAUUAACUUUUCACAAUCGCGACUUGGGCGCAAGGUCUUUAGGAAGGCAAGUUGGGCCAUUUCUCCUUCAUUUCCCUUGUUUCUAAUAAAUUUUUUUCUGCCCUAGAAAUGCUGAUAGAGUAUUAAAUGAGUAAUCCAUCCAUCUAAACUAUUUUACCAAUUCUGUUUAGUGUUCAUUUAAAAUAAGUCUCAUAUCACAUGCUUGGCAAGUGAAUUUGUUAACAUGGAAUGUUUCUUGGAUCCAACACCUGAGGAAGCAGCAGCGUGGCCCAUGGUGUCACCUUUGGCAUUGACCUAUCUUGGCCAUUGGGUUAUUGUGUGAACCUGCUAUGUAUAUCGAUCAAACAUAAUGGCUUUGUAAAGUAUGUUAGAAAAGCUACUGACUGUUAGUCAGCUUUUCUUUGUAUAGAGAGAGAAAUGUUUUAUUGUAUAUUGCUCAGUUUCUUAUUGAACACUACCGUCAAUUAGUGAGAGGGUGUAACAAUCCAUCAAAAAUCGGCUUGAAGUUGGUAGAUGAUUAUACAAGGUGCUUUCUGUAGCACCAGGUCAGCAAUAAGCAUAAUGUUGCAACUUUUCAUUAUUUAUGUUUGAUAUUUCAAUGCUGUAAUUUUUGAAAGUUUGAUUUUAAUAUUUGCAGUGAAUAAAUUUUCUAUUUAAAUGGUUAACCACUGAGCUUUAUGUAGAAGUAAGCCGUUUGCUAAAUGGGUCUCAUACAUUCCUUUGAGUGUCUGUGCUUUUUUUUUUCAUACCUACGCACAUUCUUUGCAAUAAGUUUAGCAUGUUCAGUCUCUGUUCAUGUUUCUCUGCACAGAGAUUUUCUUUCUUUAGCUUACACUUUUGUUUAUUCAAGGUGAGGCUAGUUCACAAGUUACUGAGGCUAAUUGUCUAGUCACCCAUUUUUGUAUGCAUGCCUGGUGACCUUUUAUAAUAAUAUCAGAGGUGCCACAAGAUGACUAUUUACCAGAUCCGUGUGAGUAAUGCAUUUCUUUUGUAUUGCCAUUUAAAAUGAGCUCCUAGCUGUUUGUCGCAACGUUUGCACCUUAAUGCGCCAUGCCCAAGCAACAGGAAAGUUCCAUUGCACAUCAGAUCUUGUGCAUACCUACUACUUACUUGGUGCUUGUUCUCUCGUGACAAACGUUGAACAGACAGCGGUGUGAUAUAGCCAGGUUGCUUACACAUAUGUCAAUCUAGCCCAGAUCGCAUUCACAUUAUUUCGUGGUCCCAUGUGUGUCCCAUGUACAUAUGUUUUUCCUGGAUAUAGUGUAUAUGCACCUCUUCGCGCUGGCAGCUGGUAGAUCAAUACAGUUCACUUGCAACUAAUCGUUUGUGAUUGCAGCUCCGUUGUACACAGCCGUAGCUCAGUCGUCAGUGUAUCGUGUUGCUGGCAAAUAAAGAUUCUACUUUAACUGUU